CGCUCGCCCGAGCUCAGUAGGAACGCGGGGGUUGUGCUUUUAAAGGCGCUAGCCGGUACGCUCUGGAACUUGAUUGCUUCCCUCUUCUGAGCUUGCUCCCGCGCUUUCAGCAUCCAGGUCACCUCGCCAGUAUGUCUCAGGCUGAUUUCGACAAAGCCGCUGAGGAGGUGAAGCGCCUCAAGACUCAGCCAACUGAUGAAGAGAUGCUGUUCAUCUACAGCCACUUCAAACAAGCUACUGUGGGCGAUGUAAACACAGAUCGGCCGGGGCUGUUGGACCUCAAGGGCAAAGCCAAGUGGGACUCGUGGAACAAGCUGAAAGGUAACACAUCCCAGCCAACUCCCUCCUGUGCGGGGCUGGGCAUUGAAGACUCCCUUGGAGAGCAGGGAGGGCAAAGGUCAGGAGGCACAUCUUGGAAGCCAGCCCACCUUCACCCUCACACAGAGAAAACUAGGUCAUCCCUUUCUUUUCCCUCCAAAUGGUGCCGAUACCUUUUCUAAGAACUCUCUGUCUUCUGGACAUUGGAGUUGUCUGGAGGGAAAGGGCCAGGGAAUCAGGCCACAGAGAAACAGACUGGGGAGUGAUAUGGUUGCUGUGGUCUUUAGAUGUGUCCAGAGUCAGGAGAGUUCUGUCCACGCCUCUAUCUCCCCACCGGGGCCAGGCAAUGACCCCUUAGCCGAGUGGCCUUCCCCGGUUCCCUUUCAGCCAGAAGGGCACAUAGAGAAGGGGGAUGAGGUAAUUCAUGGCCAGUGAAUGGAACUAUUAUUUACUAAAGCACAAUCAUCUAACAAGUGUCCAGGAUCCACUAAAUCACGUGUUCCCGUGGCAGCAAGCCCCAAAAGCUGGCACCAAAGCCGUUGGCAGCUUUCGCUCGCUUGUUAGCCAGUUGCUGAAUAAGCCUUCUGUCCUCUCACAAGGGAGAGAGGCAUGAACUCAGGAAGAGCCCCGGCACACUGAAAUGCACUGCUCGGGGGGCCAUGCAAGUCUGCCUGUUCGUUUCCCACAGCAUUCUCAGGCCCCUGGACAUCUAGUGCUUCACAACGAGCUCUCUCAGUCCCCGGGGACUUCUCGUUUCCCUGGGGGAGUCUAAGAACUCCCUCGGGGUGUGUUCACGAUCCCUUGUGCCAUGACAAGGAGACAAAGGUUUGCUUUAUUCCUCUCCAAGAACCAGCGACUUUUUGCCCAGCCUUUAGCUCUUCUCACAGCUUCUCUCUGGGGCGAAGAAGGCGGCUGGCUCUGCUUUCUCACUGCCAACAGUACAGCUGUGGGAGUUAAGAAGCCCCAAACAAAUAGUCCAUAGACUAAAGCCAAAGAUAAGAUUAUUAGCACCAGAAAAAUCAGCGCAGGGAUACUUUCCUGGUUGCCUAGAAGGCUGAGGCUCACAUGGACGGCUGCCCUACUUUCAUGGGUGACACAUCAUGCAGGAGCUUGGUGCACGGUAAGGCAGAACCCAGCCCCUGGAGGGCCUUGAGUCCAGUCCUCAGGCCAUCUCUGAGAUGUAAGAGAGCUGUAGUAGACAUGUGAAAAACAACCUCCAAAUAUUUAACUGGGAUCACAGCAGCUGUAUCUGACCUAUGGCUCAACAUACAAUUUUAGAGAGUUAGUCCAUGGUUAUCAUGGGAGGAAGCAGACAGACAUAAUACCACAAUGUCCAAAGCUUAGGUAUCUGGGACUAGGGAGAUGGCUCAGUCAGCAAGGUGCCUGUCAUGUAAGCACAAGGGCCCGAGUUCAGAUCCCCAGUGCCUACGUACAGCAGCAGGCAUCUGUAAUUGGAAGGGGCAGAGACAGGCAGAUUGAUCCUCUGAACUCACUGCCAGUCCAAGAGCUCUAGGUUCAGUGAGAAAUCUUGUCUCAAAAUAAAGCGGAAGGUCUGGUGGGACGGCUCAGUGGGUACAGAUGCUUUCUACCAAACCUGACAACUUGAGUUGGAUCCCCAGAGCCCACAUGGGGAUCAAUUCCCACAAGUUGCCUUCUGACAUCUACCCAUGCUGUGCUAUGUGUAUGCCCCCUUUCCUCUUGUCUUAGUUACUGUUCUAUUGCUGUGAAGAGACACCAUGACCACGGCAACUCUGCUUGCUUACAGUUUUAGCGGGUAGUCCAUGAUUAUCAUGGCAGAAAACAGACAGACAUGAUGGUAGAGCUGAGACCUUUAUAUCCUGACCCACAGGCAAUAGAGACUGAGCCUGACAUCGGCUUUUUCCAACCUUAAACCCCACCAACAGUGACACACCUCCUCCAAUAAGGCCACACCUCCUGAUCCUUCUUGAACAGUUCCACUAACUGGGGACCAAGCAUUCAAACCAUUCCAGUUCAAGUCACCACCACCACUCCCCCCUUGCAAAAUAAACACAUAAUUUUUUAAAUAUGUAAGGUGAGGCUGGAAAGAUAGUUAAUGGAUUAGGAGCACUUGUUGCUCUUACAGAGGACUUGGAUUUGGUUCCCAGAACUUACAAGUGACUCACAACUGCCUAUAACUCCAGUUCUAAGAGAUCUGACACCCUCAUUAUACUUCCACGGGUACCUGGAUGCAUUUGGUACAUAUGCGUACUAAUUGUCUAGGGUUCUAUUGCCGUUUUGAAACGCCAUAACCAAGACAGCUCUUAUAAAGAGAACAUUUAAUUGAGGCUGCCAUUAUCAUCGUGGCAGGAAGCAUGGCAGCUUGUGGUUGUACAUGAUGAGAGUUCUAUAUCUUGAUCUUCAGGCAACAGAAGGAGACUGUGUGUCACACUAGGCAUAGCUUGAACAUAGGAGACCUCAAAGCCUGCUCCCACAGUGACACACUUCCUCCAACAAGGCCACACCUCUUUUUUUUUUUUUUUCCUGGAGCUUGGGACCGAACCCAGGGCCUUGCGCUUGUUAGGCAAGCGCUCUACCACUGAGCUAAAUCUCCAACCCCAAGGCCACACCUCUUAAUAGUGCCAUUCCCUAUGGGUCAAACAUUCAAACACAUGAGGCUCUGGGAGCCAUACCUAUUCAAACCACCACAUUAAUUAACAAAUAAGUAAAUAAUAAGUCUUUUAAGUAAAUAGAGAGUGAGAAUAGAAGGCACUUGGCAUGUAACUCUGACCACCACAAUGCACACACGUGCACAUUUGUUGGCAAACACACAGACACAUUCUGCAUCCACUGUAAAAUAUGCACACACAAGUUUUUAAAAAGCAACGGCUGGACACCCCUGCCAGCUCGAUGCCUUUCUAGCAUACAGCCUCCCUGAUGUGUAUUCCUACCAAUUCCUUCCAGGAACUUCCAAGGAAAAUGCCAUGAAGACCUAUGUGGAAAAGGUAGAAGAGCUAAAGAAGAAAUAUGGAAUAUAAACGACCAGAUUUGGUGGCCAGCCACAUGUGUGACAUAAUACCUGUGAGGACAUAAUGCCUUGGUGUUUUUUUUUUUUCUAAUGUAGAUGACAUGGCUCUGAUAUGUUAGGGCCAGAGUUAAUUACUGCUCCUCCUUCCUUUGGAGUUUUUACCUGAAAUCAAUUAAAAGUACAUUUGUUACUCUA